AUGUUGCUUAUAUGGCAGAGGGUCCCUGUGUAUGUGAAAGCUGUCCUACAUUCUCACAAAUCAACAUUCAAUACCAAUCUUUACUUGCAAAUUGAGAUGAGUUUCAAUUUUGUUCUCUUGGUUCUUCUUGGUAUUCUUAUUUGUACCACCAAUGCAAGAAAGCUUAUUGGCAUAGAGGGUUCUUUCUACGAUGAGAAAAAAUUCUUUGAUCACUGGGAUUUAGGAGGUGGAGGUGGAGGUGGAGGUGGUGGUGGUGGAGGGUUCAGUGGAGGAGGAGGUGGAAGAACGGAAGGAGGUUCUGGUUCGGGAGGAGGAUUGGGUGGUGGGUUCGAAAAUGGUGCUCAAGGAGGAAGUGGAGGUAGAGGUGAAGGAUCUGAGGGUGGUUCUAGUUAUGGAGGAGGAUUGGGUGGGGGGCUCGGAAGUAGUUCUGAAGGAAGGGGUGGAGGAUUUGGUGGAGGUGGAGGUAGAGGAACAGGGGGUGGUUCUGGUUUUGGAGGAGGAUUUGGUGGUGGGUUUGGAAAUGGUGCUCAAGGAGGAGGAGGAGGAGGUUUUGGUGGCGAAGGCGGAUUGGGUGGAGGAUCUGGUAGUGGAUUUGGUGGAGGAGCUGGUGGUGGAAUAGGAGGUGGUGGAAUCCCUUGA